UCAGUGCCUGCGUACUGCGUCAUCACGUGUAUGUGUGUGUUUUUUUCUGCACUGGUUCGGUCGUCGCGCUGACAGCUCUGAAAUAAAGUGAUGUCAGUGAUGGCCGUCUCUGUCUUGGCUCUGCCCACCGCACUCCUGCUUCCACACUGAGCUCAGACUGGGUGGCUCCAGGCCCAGAUACCAACCAAUCAGAAUGGGGGACAGUGUGGAAGCCACUCCCCUCUCUAAAAACCCUCUAGUCCCUGAGACCACUAACCACACCCACCCUGCGAGGAUGACCAAUCAGCUGCAGUAUCUGCUGAAGGUGGUUCUGAAGACCCUGUGGAAACAUCAGUUUUCGUGGCCGUUCCAGGCUCCUGUAGAUGCCGUCAAACUACGCCUUCCUGAUUAUUAUAAGAUCAUUAAGUGUCCGAUGGAUAUGGGGACCAUAAAGAAGCGUCUGGAGAACCGAUACUACCGGAACGCUCAAGAGUGUAUUCAAGACUUUAACACCAUGUUUACCAACUGCUACAUCUACAACAAGCCGGGGGAUGAUAUAGUGCUGAUGGCGGAGGCUCUAGAAAAGAUGUUUCUGCAGAAGAUCUCGGAGAUGCCUCAGGAAGAGGCUGAGGUCCAGCCAAUACCAAGGGGCCGCGGCAGGACCAAACGUGACCCAGCCCCUCCCGCUAUCCCGGCUGACUCCUCCUCUCCAGAACCUUUGGCUUUUUCCAUUUCCUCUGUGACUAAAGUUGACCCUCCCCCUCCUGACCCCGCCCCCUUCUCCAGCGAGACUCUGUCCAGCUCAAUGCCGACCGUCACCACCUCCGCUCUCAUGGCCACGCCCAUCAGACCUGUGCUUCAGACCACCACGCCCAUCACAAAGCAAAGGAAGAGUCAGAAGAGGAAGGCCGACACCACCACCCCGAACGCCAGCGACCAGCUGAGCGAGUCGUCUCCUGUAGCGGCGGAGCCCCGUCCUCGACGGGAGAGCGGCCGACCCAGGCGGGACGUCCCGGACUCGGGGGGCACGGUGGGGGGUCAGGCGGCCGCCCCUGGUCCACAACUGCACCACUGCAGGGGGCUGCUGAAGGAGAUGAUGGCGAAAAAGCACGCAGGGUACGCCUGGCCCUUCUACAGGCCGGUGGACAGCAAUGCACUCGGCCUCCAUGACUACCAUGACAUCAUCAAACAUCCCAUGGACCUCAGCACCAUCAAGGUGAAGCUGGAGAGCAGGCAGUACCCCGACGCUCAAGCAUUCGCUGCAGACGUUCGGCUGAUGUUUUCCAACUGUUACAAGUACAACCCCCCAGACCACGACGUGGUGGGCAUGGCUCGAAAACUACAGGAACUGUUUGAGGUGCGAUUUGCAAAGAUGCCCGAUGAGCCGGAGACCACGCCCCCUCUGCCCUCCCCCUCUCCGAUCCUCCACCAUCAGCCAAUCAAACAGCAGCCCACACAGCCUCCGCCCGCCAGCUCCUCCUCUGACGAAUCAGAGUCCUCCUCCGAUGGCUCGGAUCAGGAGCGAGCUCAGAGAUUGGCCGAGCUUCAGGAACAGCUGAAGGCCGUCCACGAGCAGCUGGCAGCUCUGUCACAGCCGCCGGUCUGCAAACCCAGAAAGAAGGACAAGGAGAAGAAGGAGAAAAAGGAGAAGAGGAAAGAGAAGCACAAAGCGAAAAGCAGCGGGGCACUCCCUCUCCUAGGGGAGGAGCUUAUCCCAGAAGCAAAACCCAAACCUUUACAACCAAUCAAAAGGAACAAGAUCACUAAGGAGUCAAUCGAGCCAAAGAGGAGCAAAAAACUUGAAAGGAAGGAAGUAAAGCCUGGACGUUCUUUAGCUCCUCCCCCGUUGGCCACGCCCUCUCUGGUUCCUUCUCUGGAGUUAGAGGUGGAGACUGGUUCUCAGGGCACGUCUGGAAAGCCCAUGUCUCUGGAGGAAAAAAGGCAGCUAAGUCUUGAUAUUAACCGGUUGCCCGGCAACAAGCUGGGUCGUGUGGUUCACAUCAUCCAAUUGCGCGAGCCGACACUGAAGAACUCGAACCCGGACGAGAUCGAGAUCGACUUCGAGGCGCUGAAGCCCUCGACUCUCAGAGAGCUGGAGAGAUACGUCUCCUCCUGCCUCAAGAGAAAGAGGACGGCAGGUGAACGGUCAAAUGUAACAAAGGCGAAGAUCGGCUCUUCAUCGGUCAGCACUGAGUCCAGCUCUUCAGACAGUGAGGACCGUACAGCAGGGCCAGCCCCUAAACAGAAGAGGAAACCUCGCACAGCUAAGGAGGUCAAAAGGUCAAAGCGUCCAGCCGAGGCCCCGCCUCCUUCCCAAACUCAGGCAAAGGUUGUUCAGUCGACGACCACGUGCACUAACCCUCCCACCACCACCCAGGCACUGGAACCGUCCCAUCUACUUGGAACCAGUUUCGAUUCCCAGUUUGGCCCACCUCUGGCACCUUCACACACACUCAAUACGAACACAACCUCACACACACUCUCUCAGUCACAUGGGCCGGCGGAGACACACCCCUUCCUCAACCACAAUCCAGCUGCUCUUCCUUCUCCAGCUCUGCACAUUGCCUUGCCUCAACAGCCCUCUCGUCCAACCAGCCACGCAACACCUCUUCUCACUAAACCCCCUCCUGUUCCCGUCUCUCUACCACCAAAACCUUCUCCUCUACCCGUCUCUCCACCCCCUAAACCCUCCCCUGUCGCUCUCUCACUUCCUCCGGCCCCUGCCCUGCGGUCGUUACCCCCGCUGGGUCCCUCUCUUCUGGGCCUUCUUUCUGCCCAGCCUCCCCAGGCCCUGCUGGAGGACGAGGAGGACGAAGCAGAGGAGUCGCCGAUACCCCUGAGUCAGGUGCAGUUGUGUCUGCAGUCGCUUCAGGGAGGCGUCCAGUCGACAGCGCAGCCGAGCUCAGAACCUCCGCAGCAGACGUCUCCACUCGGUCCACUAAGGGAAAGCUCCUCCCCCCUGAUGUCCGAGUUCCACCCUAUGGUGCUACAAUCAGCUCCUGUCAGCCGACAGCGCAAGAACCCAGUUUUGGUGAAACAAGAGAGACUGUACUCAUCUCCACCCAGUCUGCCUGAAGCUAAACCACAUCUUAGCAGAUCUGACCUGAAGCCAGAGCGUCUGGAGGUGUCAGCCCCGCCCCCUUCUGUACAGAACAAAAUCAAACAUGAGGCGAAAACUCCUAUCGCUCCUAAAAAGGAGAUGAAGGUGAAGAGCAUGGGCUCCUGGGCCAGUCUGGCCCAAAGACCCGCCUCCUCCGGCUCUGCCGGCUCCUCAUUGGCUCGCUCGUCCAGCGACAGCUUCGAGCAGUUCCGGCGCGUGGCGAGAGAGAAGGAGGAGAGAGAGAGAGCGCUGCAGGCCGAGCGAGAGAGGGAGAGAGUGCGGCGAGAGAGCGACAAACCCCGUGAGGAGGUGUGUGAGGAGAUCCGUAAGGUCCUGAGUGAUCCUCAGACCCCCCCACCACGGCCGAACCAGACCCCCUCACCCAACACACACUCACACACUCACACACACACUCAGCCCCGAGCCAACACUCCCACCACCGACCAGCAGAGGGAGCUGCUACGCCGGAGAGAGCAGGAGAGGAGGAGGAGGGAGGCGAUGGCAGCAACGAUCGACAUGAACUUCCAGAGUGACCUGAUGGCCAUAUUUGAGGAGAACCUGUUCUGAACUCCAGGCAGAAGAAGUGGACGUAUUCAGAAGCUCGUUAUAUUUCUCUCUUUUGUAAAGUGGAAGCUGUAUAUGUUAAAGUGUUGGACGGCAUUUCCCGACCAUGUGUUUAUUUCGGAAUGACAUCAAAGAACUUUAGAAAGAGGGAGAGGGCUUGUGACUGUUCUUUAACUGUAUAUAGUUUUUUGUUUUAGUUUGAGAGAAAUAUGUCUGUGAAGUCUGUGUGAGUGAGUGAUUCUGUAUGAUGUAUUUUUGCUUUUGUUGUGUACAGACUUUAUUACAAUGGAAGCACUUAUUGAGAAAAAUAUUAUUGUGCAUGUUACUGCAGUGCAUAUGUGCAGAGGUGGCAGAUCCAUGUUCAGAAAUUCAAAAAUCCAGUGGAAGUAGAGGUCUUGAUUGUCUCCAAGCAAUGGAGGUGGAGGGCUUGGCUAUUUCCAUAUAGUGGAAGUAGACGGUCUGUUUGUUUGCCUCCAGGCAGUGACCGUGAAUGGCUUGUUUGCUUCCAGGCAGUGGAAGUAGAGGGCUUGACUGCUUCCAGGCAGUGGAAGUAGAGGGCUUGACUGCUUCCAGGCAGUGGAAGUGAAGGGCUUGAUUGCUUCCAGGCAGUGGAAGUGGAGGGCUUGGCUGUUUCCCUGGCAGUGGAAGUAGAGGGCUUGAUUGCUUCCAGGCAGUGGACGUGGAGGGCUUGGCUGUUUCCCAGGCAGUGGAAGUAGAGGGCUUGACUGCUUCCAGGCAGUGGAAGUAGAGGUCUUGAUUGCUUCCAGGAAGUGGAAGUGGAGGGCUUGGCUGUUUACCAGGCAGUAAAGUGGAGGGCAUGACUGCUUCCAGGCAGUAGAAAUAGGUGGAGGGCUUGGCUGCUUCCAGGCAGUGAAGGAGAGGGCUUGGCUGUUACCCAGGCAAUGGAAGUUGAGGGCUUGAAUGCUUCCAGGCAGUGGAAGUAGAGGUCUUGAUUGCUUCCAGGAAGUGGAAGUGGAGGGCUUGGCUGCUUUCAGGCAGUGGAAUUUGAGGUCUUGAUUGCUUCCAGGCAGUGGAAGUAGAAGGCCUGUUUGUCUACAAGCAGUGGAAGUUGAGGGCUUGGCUAUUUCCAGGCAGUGGAAGUAGACGGUCGGUUUGUUUGCCUCCAGGCAGUGACCGUGGAUGGCUUGAUUGCUUCCAGGCAGUGGAAGUGGAGGGCUUUUUUCUUCCAGGCAGUGGAAGUAGAGGGCUUGACUGCUUCCAGGAAGUGGAAGUGGAGGGCUUGAUUGCUUCCAGGCAGUGGAAGUGGAGGGCUUGAUUGCUUCCAGGCAGUGGAAGUGGAGGGCUUGACUGCUUCCAGGCAGUGGAAGUGGAGGGCUUGAUUGCUUCCAGGCAGUGGAAGUGGAGGGAUUGGCUGUUUCCCAGGCUGUAAAGUGGAGGGCAUGACUGCUUCCAGGCAGUAGAAAUAGGUGGAGGGCUUGGCUGCUUCCAGGCAGUGGAAGUAAAAGGCUUGUUUGUCUCCAAACAGUGGAAAUAAUGGGCUUAGCUAUUUCCAGGCAGUGGAUGCGAAGGGCCUGUUUGCUUCUAAGCAGUUGAAGUAGAUGGGGCUUGGCUGCUUUUAAGCAGUGGAAGUGGAAGUAGCUUCCUCCAGGCAGGUGUAACAAAAUUCUAGGGUGGAUUUUUAUUUUCUGGACCUGAACUUGCCAUCUUUGAGUUUGUGAGAGUGAGAUGUUCCUAACAUUGAGACUUAUAGUUUAACUUCCUCAGGAUCCUUUGCCUUAAUGGUUUAACUGGUGCGCGAUAGUGUGUAAGUGUGUGUUAUUUAUGUGACCGAAAGUGAAAGUAGGAGUGUUUGGUGUUUAUUGGUGAAUAAACACACAGAUGGUUUUAUAGGAUUAAGAGUUUUAUUAGUAUUUUUCCUGAUUCUCUUCAUAACCAUCAAUAAAUGCAGUUGUUUUGAUCUGAGAACACUGGACAAGUUCUAGAACCAUCCAGACCAGGGUAGAACUUUUUCAUUAUUUAUUUAUUACCCACACUUUUUCAUAACUCUUUAGAUUCCGAAAGCAGAUUGUAUAAUUGUAAGUGUUUAUUUGUGUUUUUGUGUCAUUUUUCUUCCCUUCUUUUCCCCCUUACUUUCUUUAAAAUAUUUUGUGUUUUUUCAUGGUAGACUAUAGGAUAGACUGAGUUUUUACAGUUAGCCAGAUACCUUAAGCAGGGGCCCGGAUUCUCAAAAGCAUACCUAAGGGAAAAAAACUAAAUAUCUACGGAAGACAACCAUUUCAAAUCAUAAUAAAUUCAUAACAGCAACAAAAAAAACUUAUCAAAUCUUAAUAAAAAAUUCAUAGCCUUUGGAUGUUUAGUUAUAAAAGACACUGUUUUCAAACUAUUAAUCUGAUCAGUGUAGAGGUGUGUAUUAAAGGCUGUCAAAAAGUUAACUUUAGUUUUUACAUUUUGAGGAUUGUUAAAGAGAAAAAUCUGAAAAUUUGAAAAAAUUUGUCCUUGGAAAAUUUAUUUUUUUCUUUUUCUUUUGUAGAGAUAAUAUGAAAAGUCAGCUCUAUAGGAGAGUCUUGACUGCCACACUUCCCCUUAAUUUACAGAAAAAUGCCAUUUCUUAAUAAACUGGUAAUAUUAAAUUUAGGUUUAAAUUAUCUGGCUGAAUUGAGAAAUUUUGUUUGUUAAAAAACAAAACAUGCUUUUAGUUUGUUCUUUUAGAAGACUGUCAAGCAGACAUUUCUUGUAAAAUAUUAGAUUUUUUUUCUGUCAUAAAUCAACCUUUUGCUUGUUUUGUUUGUUUUUAUAACUCAGUAUAUUUUUAACCCAUAAACCAUAUUUUUGGUCUUUGAAAGCUACUGUAAACAGGUUGUUAUAGUUUUGUUUGCUUUUGUUUAAAAAAAUUAUUUUGUUUCUGAUGAAUCUUAAAAGCUUGUAUAAAGUAUCCUUUUGUUUGUUUAGUUUUAUUGUUUUGAUUGUUUGUGUAAGCUAGACCCAGAGCCAGGACCAUAGUGCAGGUUAUUUAUUGAUCUAUAUAGAUACUUAAGCGUCUGAUUGGCUCUGUUCGACUUUCUCUUGCUUUACUUUAUUCAACUGUAGUUCUGGCACAUUUUUUUAAAUUUUGAUAAUUUCAACUUUUUUGUUUGUUUGUAAUUUUGCCCAUUCUGCUGUAGCUUCAUCAUGAUUUGUAGAUUUGAUGUAUUUUAUUUUGCCCUAAUAGAAGAGUCACAGUUAAUGAUUCGUUCUGUAGCUUGGUAGACAUUCAGUUUUUAAUGAUUUUAAUGAUUUUUUGUUAAACAUCUUGUGCCAUAGUCACUCUUUUUGGGUUUUCUGUUUUUGUUUGUAUUCUGUAGAAUUUUACAGUAUAAACCAUUUAUUUGCUCAAAUUAAAACAUGCUUGUUGUUUGUGUUUGUAUUUAUGUUGUUUUUUUACUGAACUUUUGUUUGUCUUUUUGUUUUGUCUUCCUUUUCGAACCUAAAGUUGCAAAUUCUCCCAGUUGUGUUGCUGUUGAGUGAGGUGGAAAAAUGCAGUUUAUUAAGAUUAUUGAACAAUAUUUGUUUUGUAAAAAGAAAAAAUUAAAAAUAAUAAAAAUAAUUUAAAAACUU